AUGUCAACACAGGGGCUCCCGGAGGACUGUGGAAUUAGGAAGGGCAGGUUUUCGAACAAGAGCGACAGGAUUAACCCGUCCUGUGUGCCAGAGAGGACUCGGAUCUACUAUGACAACUGUAACUUGCCAUGUUUCAGUACAAAGGCUAGCGAGAUUCUAGAACACAACUGCCCACUUUGUAAGAAGAUAAACCUGUCAAAUGAUCCGCCCCGUAACUUGGUGUUAAAGAACCUGUGUGAGGCUUUCUUACUGCAGAGAGAUAAAAAAGCUUCUGCAGUGUCUGAGCCUCUCUGCAGUCUGCACCAUGAGAAACUCAAACUUUUCUGUUUGGAUCAUCAGCAGCCGGUGUGUGUCGUCUGUCGAGAUUCAAUAGCACACAAAAACCACAGCUUCAGACCUAUUGAUGAAGCUGCAGACGAUCACAGAAAAGAGCUAAAGGAAUUGCUGGCACCCUUAAAGUUGUUAAAGAUGAUCACUGAAUACACUAAAGGAGAGUUUGACCAAAUAGCAGAAACCAUUAAGGUCCAGGCCCAGCAAAUAGAAGAGCAAAUUCAUGAGGAGUUUAAAAAGCUUCGUCAAUUUCUACAAAAGGAAGAAAAUGCCAGGAUCACUGCUCUGAGGACAGAAGAGAAACAGAAGAGUCAGAGGAUGAAGGAGAAGACUGAGGAUCUGAACAGAACAAUGGAAACUCUUUCAGAAACAAUCAGAGCCACAGAGGAGCAACUGAGAGCUGAAGACGUCGUGUUUCUCCAGAGCUACAAGGCUGCAGUGAACAGAGUCGAGCAGCUCCCCCUGCUGGAUGCUCCACAGCUGGUCUCAGGAGCUCUGAUAGAUGUGGCCAAACACCUGGGCAACCUGACCUACAACAUCUGGAAUAAGAUGAAGGAGAUGGUCUCCUACACUCCUGUGAUUCUGGAUCCAAACACAGCUCAUCCACAACUCAUCAUGUCUGACGAUCUGACCAAUGUGACAUUUGGAGGGAGACAGAAGGUUCCUGAUAAUCCAGAGAGGUUUGACAAAUAUAAAGUUGUUGUGGGCUCUGAGGGCUUCAACUCAGGGACUCACAUUUGGGAUGUUGAGGUUAGAGAAGAGGGAGUUUGGUCCGUUGGUGUUGUAAAUGAGUCUUUUGAGAGAAAGGUAGAAACACGGUCAGGUUUCUGGCAAUUAUGUUUCGAGGAUGAAGAGUACAGAGUAGCAACAGCAGGUACAUAUUAUGUUUUGUCAGUAAAGAAGCUGCAGAGGGUCAGAGUUCAGCUGGAAUAUGACAGAGGGACGCUCUCAUUCUAUGAUCUGGAUGCCUACACACUCAUACACACCUUCAAACACAAUUUCACUGAGAAGUUGUUUCCUUAUGUUGGUACUGAGAAGAAACAACCGAAGAUAUUACCAGUGAUCUUGAAAGUGGACGAGCAUAUAACUCCUCUAUCAACAGGUUUUUGA